CAGGAAGGAAAACAAAACGCGAGGAGCUGUGAGUGACGUCAUCUGAAAGCGACGGUGGAGUUCUCAGCUGUCGCCAUGGCUGAAGCUGAAUCAAAGAAAGUGAUCAAGUUGGUCCCUGAGUAUCUUCUGAAAAAGAGGAAAGCAUACCAGGCGAUCAAAGCCACGCAAGCCAAGCUCGCACUACUUGAAAAGAGAAAGAUCUCCAAAGGAAAACCAUUAAAGUUCAAGCGUUUGGAAGAUUUCUUGAAAGACAGUCACAAGCACCAUCGGGAUGAAACUCGAAUCAAGAGAGCGGAGCACAGGCCACGGGCCCCCCUUCCUCCUGCUAAGAACAGGCUUGCCUUUGCCAUCCGCAUCAGAGAGAUUAAAGGCGUCAGUCCCAAAGUGAUGAAAAUGGUCCAGAUGUUGAGGCUGAGGAAGAUCUUCAGCGGGGCCUUCGUCAAAAUUAACAAGACCUCUGUAGCCAUGAUGAAGAUACUGGAGCCGUAUGUGGCCUGGGGUUUUCCCAACUUGAAGUCAGUUCGUGAGCUCAUUCUGAAGAGAGGACAGACCAGAGUAGGCAGGAGGAGAGUUCCUCUCACAGACAACACGUUCAUCGAGCAGCACAUGGGUAAACAGGGCAUCAUCUGUUUAGAGGACCUGAUUCACGAGAUCUACUCUGUGGGUAAAGGCUUCCGGGUUGCCAACAACUUCCUGUUGCCCUUCAGGCUGUCUGUAGCUCGUCACGCUGCCAGGGAUAAGGCUGGGCUCCUGAAGGACUUGGGAAAUCCGGGCUUUCGUGGUGCUGACAUUAACUCAAUCAUCCGACAACUGAACUGAGAGGAAACAGAUCCAAGAUGGACAUUAAGCAGCAACCUCAGGCUGCUUUCUUUGGAUGAGCAAAUGGCAACAUUGGAGCACGUGUUUUUUCUGUCACUCGUGUUUGAGUUUUAUGUCAUUGAACGCCCCUGAACAUGGACUGAUUUGUGGUAGACGGUGAAAAUUUAACAAUACUUCACUAUCACGAAUUACUAUUGAAAUGUAAAAUAUUGCCCUUCAAUGAGUCCUUAGUUACCGUGUGUAAUAAUUCUCCAGGAUUAAUCAAUACUUCUUAUAUUUGCAAAGAAGGUGAUUUAAAGGGAUUUAUUGGCUGCAGGAGCCCUCAGACCACCAACGGCAAAAUGAAUCACUGCUUUCAGUAGCUUACAUUGAGUGUCCAGUGUGCAGAAUCUGUUCCUACACGGUUUCACUCAUUGAUUCACUGUCAAUAUACCUUUUUCAAUUAAACAAAACCCAACACAAAGA